AUGAGCCUCCGGAGUCCGCCGGGCCUGUGCCAAAUCCUCUGCCCGGGCGGCGGCGGCGGCUGCCCCCUCGGACGGUCGCGGCGGCCUCCGAGUGCGGGGACUGGCCCGGACUCCCGGCGACAGGGACUGAGCCUCCGAGGCCAGACCCGGGCAGAGCCUCCGCCUGCCGCAGUGCCCGGGCGGCAGAGGCCCGGGCUUCAGCCCGGGCUUGGGACGAGAUUAUCCUCAGGAUUAUCAAGGAAACUUGUCCUGGGGAUGAUGAUCUCAAGCGUCAGCGCAUUCAACGCGCCCAUGCUCGCUAUGCAGAAGAGAACUCUCGGUUCGGCGUCUCAUGCUUGCCCAAGUCGGCUCCUGUUGCGCACGCCCGGUUGGGGAAGGACACGAAGGAUGCCGACCAUGUCGAUGAGUGUGUCUGUGGCUGGUCAGACAGUGAUGGAGAGGAUCGGGAAGGUCGAGAAGCAGCUCGAGGACAUGUCGCUUGACUGCCUCAUCGUGCUCUCGUCGGACGCACACCAGAGCGAGUACCUCUGCGAGAGAGACAGGUGCUUGAAGUACGUCUCGGGCUUCACGGGUUCUGCUGGUACCGUCCUCCUCUCCCGAACGGCCUUGGCAAGCGGCAAGCAGGCAAGCCUGAUCACGGACGGGAGGUACACCGUUCAAGCGAGCAAGGAGCUGGAUCAAUCGAAGUGGAGUGUGUUCCAGACGGGAGCGAGAUUGCCAACUCUCUCCCAGUACAUGCUCCAAGAGCUCGGUGACGGCUCCAAGCGCGUGGGCAUCGACGCCUCUACUGUCUCCGUUGCCACAUGGAGGAGCCUGCAGAAGGCGUUGAAGCCGCACGUGCUCACGGCAACAGCAGCUUGUCCUGUGCAGGCAGUCUGGGAGGAGGAAGGAAGGGAUUCCAUGCCGACGGGUAAAAUCGUUGAGCAUCCGAUCGAGUUCGCAGGAGUGAGCGUGAGCGACAAGCUCGCGAGCCUGCGAGAGACGCUGAAGAAGCAGAAAGCGAGCGCGUACGUGGUCUCCUCCUUGGACGAGAUCGCCUGGCUGUUCAACAUCCGAGGAACGGACGUCCCCUACAACCCCGUUGCCAUGUCGCAUGCGAUUGUGACCCUCGACUCAGCGUUUCUCUUCAUUCAAGAGGAGAAGACGCGGGAGCACUUGAAGCGCUCUGGCAUUGUCGUCAAGGACUACGGCAGCUUCCUCCCAGAGGUCGAGGAGAUGAGCCGAGCUGGGCUCAAGUUCUUCAUCGACCCUGCCCGUGUGAGCUGGGCGACCAUGGAAGCGAUUCAGCGAGGAGACGCCAAGGGGCAUGUGGAGGGAAGCUCUGCUAUCGCCCUGCCGAAAGCCGUGAAGAACGAGGCAGAGAAGGCGGGAAUGAAAAAUGCUCAUCUUCGAGAUGGGGUGGCGAUGGCAAGGUUUUUCAGCUGGUUGGAGAAAUCCGUGGAGGAGGGGAAAGAUUUGGACGAGAUCGCUGCCGCUACUCGUGCUGAAGAGCUCAGGAGUGAGCAGGACAGGUUUCGAGGAUUGAGCUUCCCCACCAUCUCAGCGUCUGGCCCCAACGGCGCCAUCAUCCACUACUGUCCUUCCCCGCAGACCAGUCGGAAGCUGAGGGCAGAUGAGAUGUACCUCUGCGAUUCAGGGGCUCAGUACGCUGAUGGCACCACGGACGUAACGAGGACCAUGUUCUUCGGACAGCCCGAGGAGGAGAAGAGGAGGAGCUGGACUGCUGUGCUCAAAGGGCACAUUGCGCUGGCAUCUGCUUGCUUCCCCUCGGGUAGACAUGGAUCAGGCUCGAUCAGGCCACUUUGCGACGGAGAGCACGAGCCUGAGUAG